AGGUGGACUCCAAGGGGUCAUACUGUUCGGCAUGGCGAUUCUACCCACCUCGCCCCUGCGGCGACGAGCUAGUGGCAUCGUUGGCAAUGGCAGCAAUGGGCCCCAAACCAACGGCGAAAAUCCUUUUCGGUGGGGUAUCAUUGGUACUGGACCGUUAGCUACCCGCUUCAUAGCGGAGAUCAGGGAGCGCGAAUCGGCGGUUGGCAGCAGUUCACGCAGGUGAGUUGAGGAGGACCCCAUAAAAAUGGCGCCCUUCGCAGUUUCUGCAAACGAAGGCACAAGGGGAGAGAUGUCUCCCCAGCAGAUUUGCACCAGAGUCUAAAAUAAUGCGAUGCGAAGCUCCUCCGCUCGACAGUUGCGCAUAUACUCACCCACUCGUCCACGUCGCAGCCAACUAGCCCACAAAGUUCUCGCAGUCCAGGCCGCCUCAAAAGUCCUAAUGACUUCAUUCCUACAUUCCAACUUUCCCCCUUCGACCUCAGCGCCCUCGAGCCACUCGACCAUCACCGAAAUGCUGGCCUUGUCUGAAAUUGAUGCUGUCCUGGUCGCAACGUCCAAUCAGAGUCAAAGAGGCGAUCAGGCUGCCACUGCCCUCAGGGCUGGCAAGGCAGUGUUGCUCCCCAAGCCUUUGGGUGUUAGCGCCGCCGAGGCUAAGGAGCUCUGCGCUCUCGCUACAAAAAACAGAGCGUGGCUAGCUAUGCCGAUGUCGGACGGCACAACACUAGUGCACGCUGCGGAUCACUGCUCACAAGGCGUCCAAGGGAAAAUUUCCGAAACGCCUGCCUUGGCUUGGUCGCAAAGCUUAGCCGUGCUAGAGAUUUUGGAUGACCUUCGGAUACAAGGCAACUUGCCAGCACCUCCCGACCAGCCACCUGAAGAGCCAGCAGAGCCUCUUCAUAGCGCCAAAACGACGUCGGCCCGAUCUAUUGCAGUCCCAGGGAGCGCGGGCGCCGUUGCCUUUCCAAGAGACGAAACGUCAUCCAAGGGAGAUGAUGAGACCUGUUUGAGCGGCCCGCGAAGCGCACCUUUACAGACAAAUCGACCUUCGAGUCGCUUGAGCACCACGAGCGAGACCAGCGUUGCCAGUGGGAGCGCAAGUCAUGGAGAUGCCAGCGCAGACAGAGGAGCUUUGCGGGCUCAGGUGCAGGAGAUGAAACACAUCAUCAGGCAGCAAAAGGGCGUCAUUGCCACGCUGGAGCAGAAAGCAGGCCUGCAAUCUGGUGCUUCUUCGUCAUGGGCUGCGCCAUCGAAAUACAAAGGUGCGCAGGGGUCAGGCGUGGGUAUGGGAACGCCUCCCUCUGCGUAUAGCAGGCUAAGAGUCGUGAGCGGUGCUUCCGAUCGAGAUGGCGUCACGUCGGAUCGGGAAGGCGUCCGCAGUGCAAGUCCGGCCGGCAGCAUCUCGAGCGUUGGCCGUCGUCGGCGCCGAGAUAGUGGAACUGCGACAAAGAUGGAUCCUGCAGUUGUCCCUGCAGGCGGUGCUAAUCAACUGGGACUAGCUGCUGUGAAGGAAGCCGGACCUAGCAAUCUGGCCCUGGGAGAAGGAUUUUUAGCUCCAACAAUAGCAUCCGAGAAUCGGCGCUUGGCAAGCACCAACGGCGCAUCCACCGAUAGCGCACAGAGUUCAAACGGCAUCGUCGGAGGUACGGCAGCAGGAGGUUCGUCUGGCAAAGUCAUCCAACAGCUUACAAGCGAGCUUGCCGCUGCGCGCAGCGCGCUGGAGGAGACCAAGGUCCAAUUGAGGGCUUCGCAAAAAUCUCAGGCUGCGACGCAGCGGUCUUGGGACGAAACAAAGGCUGCUCUGAAUAGAUCACGAGCGGAGAACGAAAAUUCAGGAAGCAUGCUCACUCGCAAAGACCGGCAAGCAUCGGAAGCGCUAGAGAGAGCUCGGAAAGCUGAGAAGGAGGCCAAGGAGCUUGGUAAAGCGAGCAGAGAAUGGGGUUCGCGGGUGAGAGAGGUGGAAGCGGAGCUGGGGGAAGAGAGACGACGCAAACAGAAGACCGAGGCAAGCUAUGAAGCCUUGACGAGCGCUUGGAAGACGAUGCGAGAGACGUGGGAGAAGGAGCUUGGAGGUUUGAGAAAGCAGUUGAAAGACCAGAUCGCUGACAAUGCGGCACAGGCCAAGAAGAUGACCGACACAUUCGACGAGGCCAAGCAGGCUUGGUUAGGUCGCGAAAGCGAACGACAGAGUCUCGAUACGACUUUGACAAGACUGCAAGAGGAGAGAGAAAAGGCGAAAGAAAUUGUCACCAGGCAGGUCGAAGAGCUGGUCAAACAGCUGGUCGAGCAUGAGAAGCACACUGGCAGUCAAGACGCCAUCGUGGAAGAAUGCGCCUCUGCCGUCCGACGAAUGAUCCGUUUGGCCAGGGCAAACGAUACAACCACGCCUUUCUAAUGCGCCAAGCAUCUUUGCUGCACUUUGCGCCUUCUGACUA